GCACUUCUUGAAAUACUCACUGUUAUGAGUUAAAUCACCUCAAAGUGUCUUCAAUAAAACUGUCAGUUGUGUAGUAGGAAGUGUGGCUGUGUAAGUCUUCUCUGGCAUUUGUGUAAACUUCAGCCCUUCCCAUUACCUUUAAAGGAGUCGGUACCCUGAACUAAAUAUGGCCAUGCACUUUCACAGGAUUUCUAAGAAUGUCCCGGCCUCGCAGUCCACUUUGAUGAUUUUGAAGCCCUUGCAGUUUGUCACUGGUACUGUCGACUGCAAGGCGUGAGACCAGCCUCUCUGCACCAGGAUUGAUGCCUCUGGUGGCGUUUUGGUGCGCAAGAACCCAGCAAGGACAAGACUUCAUCCUCCUCCUGUGGAAAUAUUCAGUUUCUUAUUUUAGGAGAGAACCUUAUUAAGUGGAUUUUCUUGACUAUCACCACCACUUUAAUAAACAAAAUACUUUUCUAUUCUUCUGUACGCGCAUAGCUUUGACCGCAGACUUUAGGCAACCAUGUCCAGGCGAAAGGUGAGGGGCCUGACCCGUACAGGUCGUCAGGUGAGCGAGGACCCUGACCUGGACAACCUGCUGUCCACCCUUUCUCCAGAGGAGAUGGAGGAACUUGAGAAGGAUAUGUUGAAAGUGCCAGACCUCGAUCCGACAGAUGGGAAGAUCAUCGUCCAAGCGGACAGUCGGUCUUCACUGCCGCCGACGAACAACAACAUUGAGGAUGCCAGAGGGGGCAGUCGACGAGAAGGUGACACAAGUAAAUGGCGGCUCGGUCAAAGGGAACAGUCAUUGGAGAGUGAGCCAAAGAAGGAGAGUCGGAAGCAGGAAUACCUGAGGAAGAUGGGUCUCAGCCAGGAGGGGAAUGAUGACAAGAAAUUCGGUGUACAAAGACAAACAAGUCUUUCAAAUGAAAAAGAUAUUAGGCCGGACGACAGAGACAACAAAGGACCUGAAUGCUCUAAAGAGGAGCGGAGUGGACUUUCAAGUAGAUACAGGAGACAAGACAACAGAGAGAGAGAAGUUAAAGAGGAAGCCAAUGCCAAAGAUGCAUAUGAGGACAAAAAGCUCAGAGAUAAAAGAGAAAGCACAGGUAGUAAGACAAAGGAUAUGAUCUCCAAAUUACAGGAAAAAAGGGAUGACAGCAAGGAGAGGGACAGAAAGGAAGACUGCAGAAGGAAGGAUGACAGCAAAACCAAAGACAUAAUUUCCAAACUACAAGAAAAGAGGGAAAAGGAAGCAAACAAGGAAAAAGACAGAAAAGACACUGUGAGAACACAAGGACUUGUCUCUAAAAUGGUGGAGAAGCAGAGCAAAACCCAGGAAAGCCAAACUCGAGAGACUAAAUCAGAAGAUAAAGCAAGUAAGGGAGAUAAGAAAAGUGGAGAUAAAGACAAGGCUGAAGUCAAAGUUGAGCGGCAGAGGUCUGAGAAGGGCGAAAGUGAUGUGCAGGAGAAAUGUGGUAAGGUAGAAAAGAGGACAUACAAAGAAGAGCUGUUCAACCACAGUGACCACAUAAAAGAGGACAGGAAAAUUAUUACAGCAGACAAAAAGGAAAAAGAGGAUGGUAAAGUAAAAGGGAAAAAUGAUACAUUGAAAUCCAGCAAAGAUGAGGAACCCAAGAAAAUCAGCAACUGUGUGGCAAAAAACACCCCCAACAGCAAGACGAAAGAGGAAGAGGAAGAUGAAGACUCGAGCAUGUUUGAUGAGUUGAUGGCACAAGUUCGAAAUAACAGCGCUUCCCUCACUGAGCUCAAUGUCAACAACUCGGAGGUUAUCAAGACUAAAACACUUAUCGAGUUUGCUGAGGCCUUGCACAACAACACCAGUGUUAAGACAUUUGCUUUGGCGAACUGCCGGGCGGACGACCAUGUAGCUUAUGCCAUCGCUGGCACACUACGCAGCAACAAGACCAUCACCAGCAUCAACCUAGACUCCAACCAUCUCACUGGAAAGGGUAUCCUGUCCCUGAUCCAGGCUCUGCAACACAAUUCAACACUCACUGAGCUUCGAUUCCAAAAUCAACGUCACAUCUGUGGUGGAAAGACCGAGAUGGAGAUGACGAAGAUUCUGAAAGAUAACACCACCCUGCUGAAACUGGGUUACCACUUUGAGUUAGCCGGACCCAGAAUGACCACCACAAACAUACUCAGUCGCAACAUGGACCGACAAAGACAAAAACGCUUGCAAGAGCAAAAACAAGCUCAGGCCAAUGGGGAGAAGAAGGGGACGCUGGAGGUACCCAAGACAGGUGGAGGAGGUUCUCUGAGAGGUUCUCCCAAGGCUUCCCCAAAACCUUCUCCCAUCCCCUCGCCAAUUCCAUCCCCACAGCUGACUCCUAAGAGGGGAGCUGGAGGUCCAGCUCCACCUCCACCUCCACCACCACCUGGGGGUGGGCUUCCGCCACCGCCGCCUCCUCCAACCUUGGAUGUAGAUGCCCUGAAGAAUUCUCUGACACCAGUGUCACAACGAAAGCUGGAUGGAAAAAGUCCAGGUGCUUCUAAGAACUCUAGGGACCAACUGCUCGCCUCCAUCAGAGGAAGCAACAUUAAACAACUUAAGAAGGUGCCAGUGCCAAAGUUGUUGCAGUAAAACUUCUAUUGGAAAAUGGCAAGAAAAGUUGAACAGACAUCUCAUUACAGGUUUCUGUGGCAAUGCACUCUGUUUUGCAUCCAGAUUCAGUUCAAUUCUGUCAAAGAACUGUGCUGUGGGAUGGCUGGAGACAUUGAGGAAACAUGAUGCAUGAGAUGCUGAUGUGAGUGACGAGCCCUCACUAUGAAUUUUCCCCCCAAACACUGGACCAAAAGGACUCUGUGGAGAAUGAGUGACUCAGGAGCCUCUUACCACCAGCUGCAGAGUGCUAUGAGUUUCUUUACCUACAGUUCAUAUUGACGCUUUGCUGGUUAUUUGCACUAGAUAAUAUGAAGCCGAUCAUAUACCAUGUUGGCUUGCAACAAAAUGUGAGUGAGGGAGCUGUUUUUGAUGCGCUUAGUAACAGUCAUAUAACUUUAUGAAUUUGAAUAUCCAAAAGUCUAUCCUUGAUAUCAUAGAUAUUAAUUCAGCCAUUUAUUUAUUUGCGGAGAGGGAAUCCAUCUUAUUCUUAUUACGUGGGAUUCUGUUCAAACUGGGAAUUUUGAAAUAUCAGGGAAUUCAUAAUCUGGGUAAGAAAAAAAUGAAAGGUGGAGGAACCAAUGGAAAAACACUUCAAAUGAUGAUACAAACAUGUCACUUGGCAUAGACAUACUCUUUGAAAAACAUUUCUGAUGGCUAAUGUGAAAAUCCAAGGUGGGGGCCUUUUUUUCAAGAUGGCUGCCAGAUUUCAAGCCAAAAUUCCAUUUCACCAUAUCUCUGAAUCUUGUUGAUGGAUUUGAGUCAAUACUGAGUACGUUAAUUUUUAUUUUUUAAUCCUAAACCUGAUUUUGUUAUUAAAUAUCCCUCAAGACAUUUUUGUGUCUCUAAAAUGUGGAAAUAUUUAUAUGGAAUAUCACAUUUUCAGCAUACAUUCACAUUUAAUUAGCUCUGGCAGUAUAGAUACAAAAACAUUUUAUGUGUAGUAAUAACCUAUAUUAAUAGUUCUCAUUAAAAGUGGACAAAAAUUUCUUUGUCAUUUUAUCAUGACAAGAUUUAUUUUUCAUUUAUUGUUACAAUAUAAAAUGCAACACAUUUAGUAGGCAGAAACUUGUGAUAUACAUUUCGAUUACAUUAGAUAGAACUUUAUUGAUCCCUUGGGAAGACUCCCUCAGGGAAAUUGAGGUUCCAGCAGCAUUGUAUAGCAACACACAGAGUAAGAAGCACACAGAGUAUCAAAAGUGAAAAAAGAAAAACAGUUUGCAAAUAUAAAUACAAAUACACAAUAUAUAAAUACCAGACAUACUGAUCAAUACUGGUUUACUGGCUACUAGUAUUCCUCUCAUUCUCAUUCCCGACUUCUGUCUUCCUGUUUCAGCUUAAGCCAGUAGUUAUAUACGUACCCAAGAUUUUAAUGAGUAACAUCUGUUUCAGAGUAUUAACUGUCAUCAUUCAAAUAUUGUUUCUUUCAUGAUAUAUGCUAUAUUUUUAAUUUUUUUCCAUCUUGGAUUGUUGCUUGGCUCGUUCCCUAAUUUUGAUGAGUACACCAAUGUGUAUGUUCUUGCCAGGUUUCAUGCUUGUAUUGUCAUUUGAAUGAUUUUUCUCAAAAUCAGCAGUUUGCUGCUCCACUAAAGGUCUGGUUGAACACCUUGUUGCCAAAUCUCAGGACAUCUCAGGCAGAGUUCAACACUUUUGAAAGUAACCCAUGGGAAUUCCGGUGUAUGAGAAACAGAUUUAUACAGUACACUUUUAAAAAGAGAGAACAAAUGGCUGUUCUGCACUACACCAGCUGAAAUGUAGUAUUUUGCUCUGAAUGUUUGGAUAUCCCACAUUACUUUUGUCAUACAUCUUAAUGGCUUAACUUGAGAAAUUUGGAAAAUGCUUUUCAGUGAAUAUCAUUAAAAAAAAUUGUAAUGUGAUUUUAAAGAAAAAGCAGAGUGGCACUCUGUGUAUUGUGUAAGAAAGACUUGUAUUUUAUUAUACACGAUUUUCUUCUAGAGCCUGUAUUUCUCCAAUAAAAUAUUUUGUUAUGUUUGCAA